CUGUUUGGUGGAAAAUAUGUGGGAGCUGCAUUCUGAAUAGGUGCUUUUUAGGGUCAGAACCUAGGUUCUCUGCUUUGGAUUUUAUCAGUCAUCAGUUUUCCUUGUUCGCUGUUGACAAAUCUAACAGCAUUAACAUUUUAGAUGAUCAGUUCAGAUUUAUUCAGAGCCAAAAAGAUGAUCUGUUCAGAUACCUUAAUGGAGCUUUUGCUCAUAGGUCGUAGCCACUCCAGUGUAUAAUGGUGGUACUCUACAGUUCCUUGUAGCAACCUACCUGAUCAGAAAUAGAGUUUUUUUUCUUUAUUCAUGUUGAAAAUUUUUGCAAUUCUAUUGUGGUUUGUUUGUUAUUGGAUUAUUAAAUGGAGAUUUGUGUUUUCUUGAUGCCAAAAGCCAUCACUUACCACCCAUAAGAGGCGUUCUGUUGAAAACCAACUGCAUUUUUUUAAUUGAUAAUCCACUGUGUCUGGUUGGCCAAAAGUAAAGUAUGACAGUAUGAUGGAGAUUUGUAUGUAAAUUAAACUUUUUCCUUAUCAGAAAAUUGUCUUUUUUCUUUUCUGGUGUGGUAAUUUUAAAGAAGUCAAUAGCAUUACGUGUUUCUCUGAUGUAUUAAACUGAGACCUACUUUUCCUAGAAGCAUCUGUUUAAAAUUUAACUACUUUCUUCUUGAAAGUCGGCAAUUGCCCAGUGUCCUUGAGGGGAUGCUACUGGGGGACCAGUUGGUUUCUAGUCACUUUCUAUUCUUGGCUUUUGUCCCACAAACCUUCGUCAUUGUCCAUUUCAUUCUCCGACAUCCCUGGGGGACCCUUGUCUGCUAUUUUCGCUUUUAAAGAUUGUAUCUAAACAAUUAUGAGUUAUGGUUUGAAUGAAAAGGACAUUACUUUCCCAAGCAUUUAAGUUUUGAGAAGAUCCAAACUCACCAUCACUUGGACCGUUAGUGGAUGUAAAAGUCUGAAAUUUCUAUGCCAAGAGAACUUGGUGAUAUUUUCUCUCUUUGAGAUCUCAUAUGUGUCUAACUAAUUCAAGGACAAAAUUUUUGCUAUGUAUAAGCAUGCAUGUCAUUUGAUAUUGUCUAUUUUCUGUACUGAGCAGUGCGCAAUGGAAUUUAUAUCCAGUGUCCUAUUGUAUUUGUCUUGAUGUUAUAGUGAAUGAGAGAAGACUGUAAAUACUGUUUUCUUGAAUGCAGUUUUUUAAUCAUUCCGAUGUUACAUUUUCUUUUGUUUAACGGAAGCUUUCUCCCUCCCCACCCCUUAGAAAGAAGACUACCAUCCAUGGAAACUUCCCAGCCUCUUUCUAUUGAGAGUUUUUCAUAUCGCUGGCUGGUAAACCUGAAACCAUCGCUUGAAAGCCUGGACAAUUCCCUCAGGGCCUCUCUUGAUGCAUCUGAUGAGGCUUCCUUCAUUGAGAUGGACCCAAAAAUGCCUCCCUCUAAGAGAUUCUUUAGAAAUUCUCAGGACUUCAAAUUUGAUUUCCCCAUUUCACAAUCUCCUCUUACUGUUGUUCAUGCUGAUGAGCUUUUUUGCAAUGGAUAUCUCAAGCCUCUCUUUGUUGAUCCACUGAAAGUUGAUACUUACGAGGUCUCAGAUUCAAACUCAGCCAUUCCUUCCUCUUCACAUACGCCAAAAGCUGUGGUCUCUGUUAGGAAAACUCGUUCUUCUUCAUUGAGAAGGUGCCGGACAUUAUCAAAGCAAAUAUUUCAGAAGUAUUUUGAAUUUCUCAGGCCAUUGUAUAGAAGAAUUCGAGGUCACAGGUCAAGUUCUAGAGCUGAAAGUAUGGAUACUAAUGUCCAGGUUGUGAAGAGCUGGUUAUAUUCAGCUGAAACAUCUCCUAGAAUAAGUGUAGCUUACUCUGUUGACGAUUGGCGGAGGUCUUGCGACUCUGAGAGCUCAAUUUAUGAGGCAGUUCUUCAUUGCAAAAGAUCCAUUGGGAAAUAAAUUGAGACCAUUGUACAAAAGAAAAGUAAAAGAAGAAAAGGGAAAGAAAGAAUAGAAGACAAAUGAGAAAUGUCCAUAUUCACAUGGGAAGACAGAAAACAAGAGAAAUAAACAAAGAUCAACAGCCACUUUUUUUUUUUUUUUUUGUCUUAUCCUCUGCUAUGAGGAUAAUGUAACUUUGGUUUAUGAUGGAGGAGAAACUGUGUGGAUGGUCGGCCAUGGAAAUUCUGGCCAGCUGAGGGAGAAAAAGAAUUGAAGACAAAUUAAAAUUUGUUUUUGCCUUUUUUUCUGUUUGGGAGGAGAGUUAUCAAAUACGAAGAUUCUCUCCCUUAUAUCUGUAAAGUUUCACUUAAUAAGAUGAAGAUUAUUCUAUUCA